UCGGCCGUCAUGGGAGACAUGAUAGUAUCGUCAGGCCAGCUGCACGUGAUGGGAAGCAUGGCAGUUGUAUCUCAGCAAGCUUGGAUCUUUAAUGACACUGUAAGAGAGAAUAUAUUGUUUGGACUUCCAUUUGAUGAAAGUAAAUAUCAAGCUGUGGUCGAGUGCUGCUGUUUGCAAAGAGACCUGGAACUACUUAUUAAUGGCGAUAAAACUGAAAUCAGUGAAGGUGGCUCCAACCUUAGUGGUGGGCAGAAGCAGAGAAUUAACCUUGCUCGUGCAGUAUAUGCUGAGAAAGAUAUCUACCUCUUGGAUGACCCUCUGAGUGCAGUCGAUGCCAAGGUUGCUCGUAGUAUUUUCAACAGAUGCAUCAAGAGUAAAUUGAAAGGAAAGACCAUCCUGUUGGUUACCCAUGGCAUGCAGUUUCUUGAACAAUGUGAUGAAGUUUUAUAUAUGAAAGAUGGAUUGAUCUCUGAAAGAGGUGCACAUAAGGAAUUGAUAGUUCAAGGUGGAGAUUACUGUCAAAUGUUACAGUUUGAUCAGAUAAGAGACCAGAAGUCUGCAUGCGAGGACGAAACAGAACAGACUAUUGACAUGGAAGAAGGAGCAGGAAAUGAACUGGCUGGAAAGUUAACAUCAGAUGAAACACACACAAUGACUCAGACAGGUUGGAAGGCUUAUAUGGAUUAUGCAAAAUUCUGUGGUGGCUACUUUGUCAUGGGCAUGCUUCUGCUUUUGGUGCUGUUGUUCACUUUGUCAAGAUUGGCUUCUGGUGUCUGGCUACAGAUCUGGUUGGACCAAGGUGAUGGUUUAGAGGUGGAACGAAAAGAAAACGUCACCUGUUACAACUUAACAAACAUGACAGGGGAGGAACUCAAAGGAUAUGUAAAUGACAACCCUGAUCUGUGGUUCUAUCAGCUAGUGUAUGGACUUGGUUUUAUUGUCAUGAUGUUCGUUGGUCUGAUGAAAGGAAUUGGUAUUGCCAGACAGCUGCUCUUAGGUUCGUCUCGACUCCAUGACACGAUGUUCCGUAAAGUUAUGCGGUGUCCUGUUUCUUUCUUUGAUGUCACUCCACCAGGCAGAAUAUUACAGAGGUUUUCUAGGGAUAUGGAUGAAUUGGAUGUCAGAGUCCCGUUUUUCUUCGAGUUUGUGUGUCAGGGCCUGAUGUUUGUUAUCUCACAGAUGUUGCUGAUUUGUGUGAUUUUCCCUGUCUUCUCAGCUGCCAUGAUUAUUGCAACAGGUUUGUUUAUGUUUCUGGAUGUGUGGUUGAAUGUGGGAUUACGCGAAACAAAGAAACUGGAUAAUCUCUUAAAAUCACCAGUGCUGAAUCAUAUAUCAUCGACAAUGGCAGGUCUGUCAGUCAUCCGUACAUUUGGCCGACAGAAGAUAUUCCUUGAAAGGUUCUGUGUGAGGCUCAACCGAACGCUAGCAUCUGACUUUAUCUUCCGUUCUUCAGUCCGAUGGUUUACAUUUCGUAUGGAUAUGAUUGCAGUGGUAAUGGUCACAUUGACUGGUCUUAUGGUUGUACUUCUGCGUGACUCAGUUACAGCUGCUCAGAGUGGUCUGGCUCUGUCUUGUGUAUUUGCUGUGAGCACGUUUGUACCGUAUGUGAUGCAGCUUAAGUCGGAAAUGCAAGCAAGAUUCACCUCUGUAGAGAGAAUCUUAGAAUAUACACAGGACCUCCCUGAGGAGGCUGCUGCCAAGGUUGAAAAAAGAAGUCUACCUGACAAUUGGCCUUGGUCUGGUCAGAUAAUAAUGGAAAAUGUACAGUUGAGGUACCGUCCAGACCUUCCCCUUGUAUUACACGGAGUGACGGAAAUUAUCAAAGGAGGAGAGAAGAUUGGAGUGGUUGGUCGUACAGGUGCAGGCAAAUCAUCUUUGGUGACGACAUUACUCCGACUAACAGAACUGGCAGGAGGACGUAUCUUGAUCGAUGGCAUCGACAUUUCAGAAAUUGGGUUACAUGAUCUGCGCUCGGCUGUGGCUAUUAUUCCGCAGGAUCCUGUUCUUUUUCAAGGGACUAUACGCUAUAACGUAGACCCAUUUGGCGAGCAUACUGAUGAUAAAAUAUGGGAAGCUUUGGACAAAGCACACCUAAAGGAGAAGAUUAGCCGCGAAGAGAAGCAGCUGCUUUGUCCUGUGGAAGCAGAUGGGGAGAAUCUGUCUGUGGGAGAAAAACAGCUUAUUUGUUUGGCCCGGGCACUGCUUCGCAAGAACAAGAUCUUGCUUUUGGAUGAAGCAACAGCAUCAGUUGAUGUGGAGACCGAUUACUUGAUCCAGGAAACAAUCCGCGAUGCCUUCAGUCACUGCACUGUACUUACCAUAGCUCAUCGUCUUAACACCGUCACGGCUUACGACCGUGUCAUGGUUAUGGACUCGGGGAAGGUUAUCGAGUUUGAUUCUCCAGAAAAUUUGAUGAACUGUGAUGACUCUGUUUUCCGCCAGAUGAUGCUGGCAAUGGGUAUUUCUUCCCUCCAGAAUACCUCUGGUACAUGAUCAUUGGAACUUUGGGUCACCAGUGUUAUUACGGGCAGUAGUUAGUAGUAAUAGAAGUAGUAGCAGUAGUAGCAAUGAUUGUCAGUAGAAAUGUUAACAGUGUGUUAACUAAAUGUUAUAAACAUAACAGUUCAGCUGCUGGAUACAGGGACUUGUUUGACCCUGCAUAAGUGGCCACGGGAGAAGUCAUGGAUUAUCCAUUAUAUUCGCUAGGUGCAGGGAGGAGUUUUAUAAAAUGCACAGUUAAAACCGUUUAUGUUACACUGUACGUUAGCACUGGGGUCUGUUUUUUUCAUCAGACUGUGUGAUAAAAGAAGUGAAAUGGUGAUGAUAGUAUUGUAACUUUCAGUAUAGCACUCAUCUGAAAUCUGUGCAUUUUGCAGAAUCUAUUUUGUUUAAUUUGUAAUUAACAAUCUCAUGAGAGGAAUGGUCAGAAGUUAAUGAUACAGGGUUAGAUAUGUGAUUGUAUAUUGAUCCAAGAGAAACAUUUUCUCUUUGAAGUGUAUUUUGAGUAAUACAAAUAUGAUUCUUCUUCUAUGGCUGUCCGGUCCGUAUUCGGUCCAUGGCCUCCUGAAUUCUCCUCUUCCAUUCGGUCCUCUAUUAGGUCCGUCUGUCCGAGGCUUUGAUUGAGGUUACAAAACAAAUAUGAUUAGUUGGUUUCAUUCUGAUCAUGAAGUUGAAAAUGUAAAUUCAGAGGGAAGUCCUGUUAUUCAGAAUAACUCCUAGUUCUGAACUGGCUUUUUAUGUUUUAUGUACACUGUUAUGCUGAAAGUCAGGGAUAUGCAAGAUGCUCAGAAGUUUGUGCCACACUUGAGUUAAAAUAAACCUGAACAUUAUUCUGAAAAAAUAUUAAACAUAAUAUUUUUCAAUUUCUGUGUACAAAUGUUAUAUGGACCAUUAUUUUAUUAUAAUUGGCUCAGUAACCUUCAUUAUAUGAUAAUAUGGUUAUUAAUAAUCAUACUUCAGGCAUAGAUGUCAUUUAAGAACUAGUAAAUAAAAAUCUUUUAAUGUGUGCUGAGAGCUAGGACUUCUUCACUAUUGAGUUCACUUCGUGAUCGGCAUAUCUCAUGUUUCACUUGGAACUUGAUUUUUAGUAUUUGUUUGAUUCAUUAAAAUAUCAAUGAUUACAUUUUCACAUCUCUGUUAUAAGAAGCAAGAUGCAAAGUUGUUAUUCAGUCUCGUGCAGUUAUAUGCGGUACAAAUAUUUAUAUAAUUAGUAUAAGCGUUAACAAUAUCUAGAUUUUAUUGAUACUGCCCGUAAUAUGACACAAGGUGACUGUUGUUUUUAUGAUUUUUUUUGUGCUGUCGUUUGAUUAUGUAGUUAUAUAGAUGAGUAGCAAGGAAGUGAUUUUGAAGUGCUUUAACGUUAAAUCGGUUCCUUCAGCAUUAAUAAUGAAAGUUCCGUGUCUGAUACGCAUUGUGAAACUAAAAUAUUUAUUACUGGCAUAUGUAUCUGCAAAAUUUAUGUGACUUAAUACUAGACAUUGUUCAUAUGACUGUCGCAGUAUGUUAAUCUUCAGUCAUUAUAUUUUUUAUAAUAAUUUUAAGUUGGAAUUUGUGGAAGCUAUGUUUGUUUCUAAAGUAUGAUAAAAUGUAACCAGUUUAAUAUGUAUUUUUAUGCAGGAUAGAUGAUACAGAUUCAUACUGUGGUUUUUUGCUUGGAGUGUACUUAAGAAAUGUUAAAGAAAAUUUGAUCCACACUGCAGGCUUAAUCAGUUAAAGAUUAUGAGCACUGCUUGUGUAGGAGGAACAGAAAAAAUGGGACAUGUUACUUAUGUCAGUUUUCAAGGUCAGUGUGAUCAGGGUAACCGCUGUUGUAGAAGUGGAGUUGUGACAUCAAUAUAAUUCAGAUAUAUUAUUUAUAUUGUGUGGAGUAGACUAUGCCAGCAGAUUUUCUCCUUGUUUUGAUUCCAUUUAAAAUUUAUGUUUACUGUGAAUUAUGUUCAUAUUUUGAGAAAUUUAGUAGGAUUUGAGGUUCUCAUGGUGGUGAGUAUGAUGAUGGCUGUCUUCUGAGUUGUAGUGUUAUGUAGUCUAGUACAAUUCUCCGUUUCAGAGGCAAUGAGUAAGCAGUGCAUGAGGAAUUGGUUUGACACAUAGGACCAAUUUCUCAUGCAUGGGUUACUUAUUGCCCCAGUGAUAGAGGCAGCAAAGACCGCUGAAACAGUGGUAAACUUCUACCAGACUACAUCCCAGAAGACUGCCAUCUUCUUUUUUUAUAAAUGUGUUUAAUCAUUUGUUAUUUAUUAAGAGUUUUAUAUAUGUAUAUGAAUUCUGUAUUGUCCAGCAUAUACAUAUUUUAUUUAAUUUUUUUUUGGCUCCUCUUGUUUGUUAUUCUGUAUUUAUCAAAGGUGCUACUGUAUAAACUGAAUCAUUUUUGCAUUUAUUCGGACUAUGGUACUACAUCAGUGGAAAUAGUUUAAUGUGUGGGAGCCUGUAAAAGUUUAAUCGGCCUUACGUGAAAAUUGUUUUAUAUAGAAACCAGAAGUGAUAUAUAAAAUGUGCAUUUAGUAACCGAGGUUGGUAACUUUGAUACGCUGAACCAUGUUGGCAGAAGUUUUGAUGAGCUGCGUGGUUUUGGGUUCAUGUUAAUUAUUUACAAGAUUAAAAUAAUUUGUAGGAAGUUAUAGUGAUGGACAGUAUCUUGGAAUUUUGAAUUUAAGGAUUCCAUUCAUCACUAUAUUGAAAUGCUGGUAUAAAGGUUGUUGUAAUGCUUCCCUCCACCAGAAAUGUCAGGUUAUCUCGUUCUCUUUGUUCUUAGGUUUGAAUGAAAAUGUAAAUAUUGAGGUUUACAAACUAACCCUGUCAAGCAGAGUCCUUGAGAAUCUCGAAGUUAUGUUCACCUUUCAUGGAACCUGGAGGUUCUAUUACCGUGUUCACAAGAGCCCAUCACUCAUCUCUGUCCUUUGUCAUAUAAAUCAAGUCCACAUCAUGACACCCAAUUUAAUUUUUUUAUUAUCCUUCUGGCCAUCUUUAGGUCACUCCAAAGAACCCAUCCAAGUCUGAGAUGCUACGUAACAUGCUGGACUGAGGAUUAGUUAGCGCUCACCCAACCGUGGAGCUAGAUGAUCAGCUGUUAUCAGCUGUCCUUGACUAUUUAUUCAGUAUCUCCAUAUCUGGAGGCCAUCCCCUCUGUCUAGCCAUUUCAAAAUGCUCUUGUCUUGGAUUUAGAAAGUGUGGUGCUGGGGUGACACGUCGUCUGAUUUCCCCAUGGAGUUUAAUGGUAAUUGCAGUGCUUAUUCAAAAGUUGUACAGGGAUCACAUGUCUGUCUUGUUCUGUUUGCCUUCAUAAAAUAGAGAACAAGUUUAGGAGGACUCAAAUUCAGAAAAUGUUUCUUAAGGCCAAAUGACAGUAUUCAUAAAUCUAAAUAGUCAAUAAUUUUCCCAUCAGCAUUUUAAGUUAAUUUUGUUAUGUAACCAUUUUUCAGCUCUUGAAUCACAACUGCCCACUUACUGUCUCACCAAACAUGUAACCUUGAAUGACAGCUUUGACAAAAAACAUAUAUGCCAUGUAGGUGCUUGGAGGGAGAGGCGGUAUAGCUUCUACUAAUUGUUAACCUAAGAUACGUAUAACCUGUAUACAUAAAUGUGGAUAUCAUCCUGAACUAAUUACACUUAAAUCUUGUUUUCUUCA